AGAACAGCACAAACUACGUUUGCUACUUCUGUAAAGUGAGAUCUAGAGCAAUGGAUUGUUUAGGAUAAAUGGCAGAUGGAUCGACCGUUUAUGCUAGCCUAGUGAAAUGGACGCUGACUUAGAUACCAAGGAUAAUGAUCGAUUAAAUAAUGAACUGAUUGAAGCUGCAAAGAGUGGUGACCUAGAAGCAGUGAAUAACUGUCUUCAGAAAGGAGCACUAAUAGAUUAUGUUGAUCAAUCCGAUAACUUGACAGCACUUCAUUAUGCAUCUGCUAAUGGACACAGGGAUAUCAUUUCUAUUUUACUUGACAAUGACGCCGACAUAAAUGUAUUAACACCGGAUGGCUGGUCAAUACUUCAUAUUGCUGCAUUAUAUGGACAUAAAGAGAUUGUUUCUGAUCUCCUUAACAGAGGACUGAAACCAAACAUAGUAACGCGCACACAUGGUGUCUCUGUACUCCAUUGUGCAGUUGAGAAUGGGCAGAAGGAAAUAGUGUCUGAACUUCUGGACAACGAUUGUGAUCCAUACAGAUUAACGGACUUUGGUAAAACAGUCCUUCAUUGGGCAGCUGAAAAUGGAAAACAUGAAAUAGUUUCUGUACUUCUUGACAAAGAAUUAGACAUGCUGAAUUAUGUGGAUAAAGAUGGCUGGUUAGCACUCCAUUUAGCAGCUUUAAAUGGACACAUAGACAGUGUAAGUGAAUUACUCCGUAGAGGAUCAGAUGUGAAUGCAGCAACAUUAGAUGGCACAACAGCACUACAUUUGUCAUCAAGCAAAGGACACAUGGCAGUAGUUACUGUUCUCCUUGACCAUGCUGCAGAUAUAAACGCAAAAACUGCAGACGGCACAACAGCACUACAUUUGUCAUCAAUGAAUGGACACGUUGAUGUAGUAACUGUUCUCCUCGACAAAGCUACAGAUCCGAACGCAAAAACAGCAAAAAUGACAUCAGCAGAAUCAGUAAUUUAA